GUAGACUGUGUAAGAGAAAGUCCGCUGGUGAUGUAAGUUCGCUUUGCUUUUUUCUACAGCAUUGUGCACGUGUGCACUGUUGCAGUGUCGUCACCACGUUGCACCAGCAGUCUCUGCACUCAGCUCACGUCACCGAAAGACAUGAAAGACCCGACAAACCCCGAGCGGAAGGGUUUCUGUGUUAUAUUAAACUCGCUUUCGGUUUGUAAUCGAGCGGGGAAAGAUCUGAACGACUCGGUGUCGAUUGUCCCGCAGGAGCGAAGCGAAGCCUGCGACUGGAUGAUCAGCCAGUACAGAGCGAAGAACAACUUCUGUGUGUCACUGCUGAAGGAAAUGGGUGGAGAGAUUGUUCAAGUGAAUCGUCCAUUCCCACAUAAGGCAUACAGUGAAAUCGAUAAGGCCAAGGCAGAAGAUCAGGUGAGGUUUCUGGCUCAGGCCACAGAGCAGAUCAUCAGUGUCUUCAAUGCUGUGUCUCAUGUGGAUGAAGUAAAAUGGGACCGCAGGGCACUGGAUGAUUUCCUGAACAUACUUGAAACCCGGCAGUUAACAGAGCUUACAAAAUGUACAUCGACAUAUGCUAAAAGAGCAGGACACUCACCCACUGAGAGAAAACUGAGAAAACACUUCAAGAAGUUGAAGAAAUUUCUGAAUGAAGCUAACUACAGCGCAGACUCUUUGGAGCGAAUCAGGAAUGUGGUACAGCAUCACCUUUGGAGGAUGGACAUCAUUGCUGCCAAUGUGAAGCAUAAACUAUUGAAAAGGACCAACUAAAAAAAUCCUGCUAGUUUUGUUAAAGAAGAACAAACAGAAUAUUUAAACGUAUAUGUUAUUAUUGUCUAGAAAUUGGACCAAAUAUGGGACCAAAAGGCUUACUGAAUCUGUCAUGUUUAAAUGUCUUAAUUGAAUUCAUGUAUCCUUUUGAUUUGGCUGUUGAUAAUCUUAUUUAUUUAUUUAUUUAUUUAUUUAGUUAUUUAUUCAUUAUGCAUGUAUGUAUUUGUUUAUUUAUUAGCAUAAGCUGAUGAGGAAACACUGUUAUAUUGUUAUUUUUCUACGGGUUUGUUUUGAUGGUCAAUUUCACUGAUUCAAGAAACAAACAAAAAAAUAUCAUAUUGAUAAAUGAAUUAAAAAAAAAAAUUUUUUACCCAUUAAAU